AUGGGUUCCAAUAAUCAUACAACUAAAGACUAUGCUUUUGAUGAUAUAUUUCCCCAAUGUAGAAAUUAUUAUAUUGACUCUAAAGCAAUUUAUAAUGAUAGUAAUGCUGCGGAUCUAAAUAAAGCUUUGUCUGAGGAGUGCAAAAAAUUUAUUACUGAAGAUCCCCAUUAUACAUGUGGCGAAAACUAUUUUUUGGACACAUGCAUAUAUCUGGGUCGUUAUUUACAUUAUAUAGAAAGUAAGCAUUCUGAACAAGCAAAUGGUAAAAGGGAAAUGUGUAGAUACUUCAGUUACAAGCUAAACCAAGAAUUAAGAAAUUUUGGUUGUGUUUUUGCAAAUACUAAUGUUGCUUACGAAAAAAUGAUUAACUUACGUCAUAGUUAUAAUGGAGAUAAAAAAACAUUUUCAGAUGUGUGCAAAGAUAACAUUGAUAACCUUGAUGAAGAUAUAUUACAUAUAUUUCAUUAUCUAGAUAAAUUAUAUGAAACUAUUGAAAAUAUUCAAAAUUAUCAUUUUGAAUGCAAUUACCAUAUUAACUUAUAUGAAAGAUAUAGGGAAUAUUUAAUAAAAUCUCAAUUUAUAAAUAAUGAAAGUUUUAAUAAAGUACUUCAAAAUGCUGAAAGGGAUUAUAAUAUAUACAAGAAGAAUAUGAAGGAUUGUAAAGAUUACUCUCAUAUUUUGCCAAUUUUUCCUAGAACCGUUAUAAACCACUGGUUAGGGGUAAGUACAGGAAUGUGUAUUUUACCCCUUGCAAUAAUAUUAAUUAUAUUCAUGAUGUACAAGUAUACCCCUUAUGGCUAUUAUCUAAAUCCAUGGAUAAGGAAAUUUAAGAGAGUUUUUAAAAGAAAAAUUAAAGAGCGUGUCAAUUUAAUAAAAUCAUUUGAAAGGACAUAUAAAAAUUCAAAUUAUAGAAAUCAUCUAAUAUUUUAUACCUCAGAACAGUAUUAUUAA